AUGAAGAAACACUGGAAGUCAGCCACUGUCAGUUCUUUACUCGAAACUAAAAUUUCUAUCAGGAGACUCAGCGUAUCCUUAGUUCCUUACUGUCAGUGUCAGUCUUUUAUAGGAGACAUGAGAGGAAGAUUUGAGAGUAAGACUUCUUCUCACAAUUCACCAUUGAAGAAGGAGGAAUUUAAAAAAUUGUGUCUGGUGUCAUUUAAUGAGCAUGUACUUAUAAGCCUUCUAAUUGGCCUAGAAGUCAGCCUGAUUGACAACUGCUGCCUGGAGGUGUUGAUUUUAAGUGUGGAGAUUGAUUUUUCAGUGAAUGACAUUCGAUUCUUCUAUGUUGAUGGGUUUCAGAAUUUACAGUUGCGGCUCGGGGUGGGUGUUGAAGAUCUUGGAGCCAUCUCAGACUGCAGGAACAUCUCUGACUCCCCAGAAGAAGCUGUGACGCCUGAAGCCUUGCUUCUAUUAGUCCAGUCAGAGGCAAUCGAGAUAUCCUAUCUACAUGCAGUAAAAACUCCUGCCUCAGCACCCCAGUCAGAUGAAGGUUCUGACAUUGAUUCAGAACCAGACCUACCAUUAAAGAGGAAGCAGCGGCGGAGUCGAACAACCUUUACAGCCGAACAACUUGAAGAACUGGAAAGGGCUUUUGAGAGAACCCACUACCCUGACAUUUAUACACGGGAGGAACUUGCCCAAAGGGCUAAGCUCACAGAAGCUCGAGUUCAGGUUUGGUUUAGCAACCGUCGUGCAAGAUGGAGGAAACAAGCUGGAGCCAAUCAACUGAUGGCUUUCAACCACUUGAUUCCAGGAGGCUUCCCUCCUACUGCCAUGCCAACUCUCCCAACUUACCAGUUGACCGAGACCUCUUACCAACCCACGUCGAUCCCACAAGCCGUGUCUGAUCCCAGCAGUACAGUUCACAGACCUCAGCCUCUUCCUCCGAGCACUGUUCACCAAAGUACUCUCCCCUCCAAUCCAGAGAGCAGCUCUGCAUAUUGCCUCCCCAGCACCAGACAUGGAUUUUCCAGCUAUACAGACAGCUUUGUGCCUCCAUCCGGGCCUUCAAAUCCCAUGAACCCCGCCAUUGGCAAUGGCCUUUCACCUCAGGUAAUGGGACUCUUGACUAACCACGGAGGCGUGCCUCACCAGCCUCAAACUGAUUAUGCUCUCUCACCACUCACCGGGGGCCUAGAACCAACCACCACCGUAUCCGCCAGCUGCAGUCAGAGACUAGAUCACAUGAAGACCUUAGAUAGCUUGCCCACAUCGCAGUCCUACUGUCCUCCAACUUACAGCACCACAGGUUACAGUAUGGAUCCUGUCACAGGAUACCAGUAUGGACAGUAUGGACAAAGUGCCUUUCAUUAUCUGAAGCCAGAUAUUGCAUAAAUGAACUGUCCACUUCAAGUCAAAUCUGGUGUUUUUUUCCAGUCUCCAAUGUCUAGAUAGAAAGAAUCCUCAUGGAAAAUGCAACCCCACUUGGGGAAAUCAUGACAGAGAAUACAGUAGAGUUUUCUUUCUCCAAUAGUUGUUUCUGAUAUGCAUUUGGACGUUUUGGACAAACGGACGGAAUCGAUGAAGACCACAAGCAGCCGUAGAUGACAAAUUCAGCCUUACAGGCAACAGCUUAACAUAGGCCCACAUCAAAAAUGCCCAAGUAUUUAUAGUUCUGAGGAAAGAAAAAAAACAAACAUUCCAUUUCUAUGUCUUUGAAAAGAGCUUGGAUUCAUUUGUACCAACAGAAUGUUCCAAAAAUUAGCGAGUGACUAGCUUGUCUUACUGUCCUUUGUGGACAUGUAUAUGACUUUCAAACUGCUCCAUUUAUGAAGCACGAGAGGAGGAACUUUUAAUUUUUCACACUGGAAAUUGACAUCGAAAGAACUGUCACGGUGUUAGGAAGCUAGAUUAGGACUUUCAGAUAAGUUAUUGGUUAUUUUAUCUUGUGUUUUGUAAUCCAGUUGUCAAUAAAUGUCACAUACAUGUUCUGCUUAAAAUGAACAGGAUGUUGUAUAACUAGAAUCAUUUUUUAUUUCCUUUUAUUCUUUGGGAGUGGGGUGUGUGACGUUUUCUUAGUCCAUGUUCAAUUUGGAAACAAGGAAAAAAAAACGAUGUUAAUUUCCACAACUGCCUAACAAUGUGCAAUACUGUGUACCUCACACAAACUUUGGAAUCAUCCAAAGUAAUAUAAAUAGAAUCAGAACUAUAUUUUUGCAGGUGCUUUUAUUUUUGCAGUAAGUAAUUCUUUGGGGUAAAAUUCAGAGAUGUUGCAGUCUGCUGGACAACCAAAAUCCAGCUAACUCAAUAAGAUUAAAGACCAUGUCCAAGAUCAGUGAUUUUAAAUGAUUAAGUUUACAAUUCCUUAAGUUUAUGGAGAGGUAGGGCAAGAAAAUAAAUGUCUCUGCAGUUGGUAUGUGCUUUGGAAUUAUACAAUGAUAUCCAAUAUUAAAAGAUGAUAGGAACAGAGGUUUACAUACAUUUAUGUUGUGACAUUUUAGAAUGUCAAUAAAUUUGUUUUGAAAUGUAAAGAGGAACAGAAAGAUGAAAGGCAGUGUUAUUUAUUUCUCUUUAUCUUGGAACAGUGAGUGGGGUAGGACACAAAUACAUUCCUUUUAGAAUUAAGGACUAUGAAGUAGUGGAGUUAGUGAGCCUAGGUAUAGUCAGAGAUUAGUUCAUACGUUGAUCUUAAAGGGUGAUGGAACAAAAGAAAUGCUAUCUUUGUGUUACAGUCUCUGCCAACAACAGUGUGUUGUAAAAAUGUCUUUCUUGUAAAA